GGAACGCUGCGCGGACUGUGUGCGCUGGGGAUUGUGAACAUGUAGGAGAGAAAAACACUCUUCUCUAAAGAACAGUGUUUUUUUAAUUAGCAAAAUGUCAGUGAUAAUUAGAUUGAGUAAGAGAAAUGGAUUUACGGUGCCAUCGAAAUUACAGAGUGUGGCGUAUUCAUUGCCAUCUACUCCAAUGCCCAUUCAAGAAGAUGGGAUGAUUGGCGAAUUUCGUGUCCUGAGAUUCAUCCCAAAGAAACUUGAUGAUACCAGAAAAAAAAUCGAGCGACCGAAAAUUCCACCGCCUCGUACCAACGAGAUGGCAACGGACCAGGACUGGCCCUCAGUGUGGCCAGGUCCAAGGAAUUUUCACCCAGCUUCAGUGCCACUUCCCGUUCGAAUGGGCUAUCCCAAGAAAAACGAAGCUCCUCCAGACAAAUUCGCAAACACUGAGCUCAUGAAAAUCCCUAAUUUCCUCCAUCUGACACCUCCAGCCAUCAAAAGACAGUGCGAAGCACUCAAGCAAUUUUGCACAGAGUGGCCAGUGGGACUCGAGGACGACGACAAGUGCGAAAAACAUUUUCCACUUGAAGUUAUCACGUCGGAUUAUUGCUACUCCUCUCCAACCAUCAGAGAUCCUCUCGCUAGGAUUGUCAGUUUGAGAGUGAAACUGUCGGCUCUGGAGCUGAAUGAGCAUGCCAAGGAUAAAUUAUUGAGGCUUCUAGGGCCUCGGUACGAUCCUAAGAGUAAUAUUAUUUCAAUCGUUACUGACAGGUGUCCCACGAGAAAACAAAAUCUUGAAUAUGCUGAUUAUCUUCUCACCGCCGUUUAUCAUGAAGCCUGGCGUGUGGAGCCGUGGGAGGCUGAAAAACAACUCGUCGAUAUGGAGUAUUACGACUGGGACACGAAUAAGAGUCGCGAAACCCUGGUGACUAUUUACUCAUGGCCAAACAAACCCCCAGAGGACCUCAACUACGACACAAUCCCUCACGUUACUGAGUACAAAGUUGCGGUGGCUGAUUUAAUUAACACCGGAGAGGAUCAAUUUUCUGUUAAUAAAUAUAGAGAGGCUGUUAAGAAUUUACUACACUUGAAGAAGGACGCUGUGGGGAAUUAAAUUUAUUGACUAAAUAAUUUUGUUAUUUCCAUUCAA